AUGCUCCCCUUCCUUGAAGUCGAUCACCUCCCCUCCUCUUCAUCGUUCUACUCGGCUGUGCUCCAACCGCUUGGGCUUCACUACUUGUCGACCGAAGGGGGUCAUUUUCCAUUUGCCACCUUCGGUAACGCCUUGGGGACCCCUAUUUUCCAGAUCCGACAAGUCGCCUCCAGCAGAGAGCGGCCACUCAAGACCUCCCGCAUUAUCUUCAGCGCUCCUUCGGUAGCCGCGGCCGGGUCCUGCUUCGAAUUUGCCCGGCAAUCCAAUCCGAAUUCUCGGGACCCCCACCCGCGCCGCUCCUCCGAGAGCUUCGCAAGUGGCGUCUCUGCGAGGUGGUUAGACACCCCCGGUGGCGGCGCCGUGGUGGUUAUAAGUGACCGCGUCGGGAACGUUAUGGAAAUUGUCCCAUCACCGGCUUCAGGAUACCCUCAAGGCUUUGGCGGAACAACCUACCCCUACGCCGGCUCUCAAAUUGUUGAGGAACCCGGCAAGAUUCUUAAGUGGAACUACGGGAUCACCAGCUCAUCUACCCCCACGCGCUCUUCUGCCCAUCGGUUCCACGCUCACGGAUAUCCCGGUGGCGACGGUGGUGACAACGACGACGACGACGAAGACGACGAAAAUCCACCACCGGUUCCCAAAAUCCGACGGAGUGUCACCACCCGCUCCGCCGUCUACGAACCGGCGACCUCAGCUCGGGAAAACUCCCACGGCCUAAGCGCCGGUGCUGUCGCGGGGAGUGUCCUCGGGACCGCUGCCGGAACUACUGGAGCUGCCGGCACUGUCGCACUAAGCAGUGCAGUCUCGUAUCCGAAGAAUUACGACAGUAACCGCGAAGAGUACCCCCAGCCCUACGACAACAUGCCGUCCUUUUCGCGCCGAUCGACCUUCCCCGAGCGGUACGACGUGUAUACCACGGACCACAAGAGACAGUACUAUGGCGACGAUGAUCGCUACGUCCGGGACAAGUCCCGCUCCCGAGGCGGAGACCACUACUACACCGCCGCCUCUUCCGACCCUUACUACCAACGCGCCGCCCCAGAGUAUUCUUCACGUCACGCCCCAGCCGACGCCUACCAGUCUUCACGAUCACGCGCUUCCUCAGUACAGCCCCGGGGCGAGUCUGCCAGCUACCGCGAUCCCUACGCCACUGCCACCUACACCACCACCAGUGAUCUUCCCGACCGCCGAGGCUACAGCAGUUCGCGCAGCGCCCGACACCCACCCAUCGUCCAGCGUAGCUACACCUUUGAUACCCCCGACCGCGACCGCGACACCUACGUCUCAACCCGCAGCCACAGAUCCAACAGCACCGUCCGCACCCCUGGUGCUGCCCCUCUAGAGAUCAGCCGUGACCCCUACGACUACGGCCAGACCUCCACGCCAAGCUACCACGGAGGAGGAGGUCGAGUCGUGACGACGACCACCACGACGUACAAAGUGCCGCGCAGCUACAGCCGCGAAAACAGCAGCAACAGCUACCUCUCCGCUCGACAAACUCCCAUCGCAACGUCAAUAUCGACGCCGAUGUACCUCUCAGCACGCGAUAUGCCGUUGACGAGAAGCCAGACAGACAUGGGGGUCUACGCAUCGGGACGGGACGGGGGCAGGGAUCGAGAGCGCGAUCGGGGCAGGAGUAGGGAGCGAGAAGGCGGCUAUGGGAGGUGGGAUGUCGAUCAAAGAGGCGGAUAUGGUGCUAGUGCUGGCGGCGGUGGUGGUAGUGGUGGGGCUCGGUAUGAUGGAUAUGACGGGUAUGGUGAUGGGUACGAUGAUGACGACCGGUCGGAUGCCGGUAGUGUAGAGCCGGACGAUAGUAUUAGCUGUGUGGGUACAAGGAGGAGCGGGCGGGGAUAUUGA